GGAGAAGAAGGGAGGAGACUUGACUGGGUGAAAAAAGAAAAGAAAAACUAGUUGAUGAAGCAAGGAAGCUCAACUGAAAUUAUUACACAACAUGGGUCUAUAAAAGCCCAAAGGUGCUAGGCUGUUGCUUCAUUGCGUAAUUGAAGAGAAAUAAUUGUUUAUAUUUCGCAUACAAGUACUGAAAUGAGGCUAAUUAAGCAGCUGUUGGUUGCUUUAGUAAUAGCUUCAUUAUUAGAGGGAUGGUGGAGCUGUGAUGGUUGUUUUGAGAAUGAGAGAAAUGCUCUUUUGCAACUCAAGGCUUCUUUCAAUUAUCCUGAAUACAUGUCACUCUCUUCUUGGGGAUUAUACACCGAUGACUGUUGUAAAUGGGAAAAUAUUCACUGCAGCUCCACCACUGGACGAGUUUCCAAACUCAGUAUUUGGCGCGAUUAUUUGGCCUUUGAAUGGUGCUUCAAUGCCUCUUUGUUUCUUCCUUUUCAAGAAUUGACGAGUCUUAGCUUACGACGCAAUUAUAUUAUUGAUUGUGUUGAGAAUGAAGGUUUUGAAAAAUUGCAAAGGCUCAGCGAGUUGGAGUUUCUUGAUUUAGAAAGUAACUUGUUCAACAAUAAGAGCAUUGUAUCAUCUAUUGGCCAUCUUUCACUUUUAAAAUCAUUGAAUUUGGCGAACAAUGGAUUGGAAAGUGUAACUGAUAUUCAAGGUUAGCUCAGCUUAAAAUGUUUCCUUGUUCUAAUUUUUAAGGAUUUUCCAUUUAUUUAUGUACUUAUUUUUCAAUUUUCAAGCACAAACUUGACUAACACUCUUUUGUGACUUUUGAAGGACUAUCAAGUCUUCAAAAUUUGGUGUUUCUUGAUUUGUCAUCCAACAACUUCAGUGAUAGCAUCAUACCAUUUUUACGCAUCUUUCCAUCUUUAAAAUCAUUAAAUUUAGCCAGCAAUAGAUUGAAAAGUGGUAUUCAAGGUUAGCUCUAAUUGUGAUA